GAUAAAAAGGAUUUUGCGCUUUGUGUGUUUUGUUGUAUUUUUAGCCAUACUAGUACGCAUCGCAUGAUACUGUAUUCCCACUAUAAAGUCAAUGGUAAAACAAGGCUGCAGAUUUAUGAUCACCAAGUUUUAUAUUUACGUUACAGUUAGCACCAUGGCAGCAGUCUGUCUCAGCAUCGUGCUGACGGCUGUAUGGAUCUCCUCUAUUGACGCGGCGAUCAUUAAGAAAGGCCAUAAGAUGGCACCAUUUCAGGACCUGCACAAAAUCGACGAACAUCAUGAACUCCGAGUGGUAGGCAAUGAGCAAAAGUCUGAAGAGCUGCUUGAAGAACUGAUGCGGGAAAUUUUUGAAAUUGCAGUCGAAGACGAUUUGUUCGACAGGAUGCCGGAAGAUGACAAUGACAGGAUGCCGGAAGAUGACAAUGACAGGAUGCCGGAAGAUGACAAUGACAGGAUGCCGGAUGACGACAAUGACAGGAUGCCGGAAGACGACAAUGACAGGAUGCCGGAUGACGACAGGAUGCCAGGUGACGACAAUGACAGGAUGCCGGAUGACGACGAUGAGAAUUCGAAGGAUGAAGAAGGCCAAAAGAGGAUGGUGGUGUUGAGGGGUAAUGAACGCAAGGCCAUUCCGUUUUGGAACAAAACAAAACUGUGCAACUACCAUGAAUGCUUCAGCCAACUGAAGACAUGGCCUGAUGUACCCUACUACCUGCUGAAGGAUGGAAACUUCCUUAUCGACUGGCCAACAAAAUACAUUCGCAUAUUUCUGAUCUACAACAAGAACGCUGUAAGUAUCAAUACUAUUUACUAA